UCCGCGGCGCUUCCUCGCUGCCGCUCUAUCCUGGCACUCUGUGUUCCUGGAGGACUGGCCGGUUCUCUGGCGGGCUGGCUCCCUAAACGCCUGCUCCCGGACCUGCUUCCGUGGCCCUCCCCGUCUGGGCGCCACGUGGAGACAUACCUGGACGGGAAUGCGACCUCCGCGGUGCAGGCGUCUGUCACGACAUGCCCCCGUUAUAAGAACCCGCAACGCGGGCUCUGUCGCUACAGCCCCAGGCUCCCUCUAGCCAACCCCCAGAACUGCUUGGGGUUUUGUGUGACUCAUAUCGCUAUUGGAUCCCCUCCCUGCCGUACCAGGUCCCCGAAUCUCAGAACAGAAAGACCCUCCUGCAGGGCUGGGGAGCUCACCACCUAUGCAGACAGCUGGCUCCACCCACCGUGACGGUUCUGGGGGCUAAGGAGGUUUCAGAGCCUUCAACACCUGUUCCUGCCUCUGCCAAGCCUUCUGGUCAGUGCUUUGUCUCUUAAGCUGGCUAGUUAAGGCUUCCUCUGGGCAGCCAUUCAGUGACCCCUCCGGACUGGCCACAGCAGCAGCAGCCAGGGGGCUCUCUGCUCGGGAUGCCAAAGACUUGGGGAAACAAGUGGUUUCCUAAUUAAAGGCUCCCUGAAGACCCCUCCUAGUCCCAAACAGGAAGCUAGUCUAGACCAACCCCUUGAGGAGGUGGAAACUGAGGCCCAGAGCUUUCCCCAAAGCUUAAUACCACCCAGUUCUUCUGACUCCAAGCCCGUGGUUCUUUCCACUGCAUAACACUAUCUCUCAGCAAAGACCUGAGGCAGGUAAAAGAGAGCACCUGGAUUUCCACAAAGAUCCCUGUCUGCAGUUAAAUUAUGUCUCCCUGAGCCGAUGGCCCUCAUGUGCUAGCCUGUCUAGGUCACCCAUAGCCUUAGCAUAACCUGCUCCAGCCACUGAUUACACGGUGGCCAACUUCCAAUGGGAAUUAUCCCCUCUACAACUGCCCUGUUAGCCCUUCUCAUUCCGGAGGAGUCAAGCCAAGAAGCCCCAACCAUCUUGUCCACAUUGGUGGCCGGGCAUGAGAAUGGACAGAAAACACCGACCUUGCCAGGUGCCCCCAUCUGGAGCUGAGCUGGGGGAGAAGGGAGGAGGGAUGUUUCCCCUGGUCCAGAAGAGGAGGUGAAAGGAGAAAAGAAAUGUUAGAAACUGCUCUGGGCUUGAGGCUGACAUAAAGCCUCAGCCCCAAGAAGCUAAGCCCCCCCUUUUCUCUGCCACCAAAAUCAAUGGCCUCUUACCACUGCCAGAGCAGCUAGCUGGGUGCCAGCUGGAGCCAGUCACCCCUUCAUGGAGCCUCGGCUGCUGUCCGGGAAAUGGGGUUCUUUGUCUGGCUGACUCCUCAAAUAGGCUUCAGAAUGCCAGGGCUUUUGAAAACACCACUGCAAUGCUAGCCAAGCCCUGGGCGAUUAUUCCAUCCCCUGAGUCACCAGCCUGUAUCUCAUCAUCCUGCAUGUGCCAGUGGAUGAGUGUGUGUAUCUCCCACCUCCACGCCUUUGCCAUUUGCCCUCGUCUCUGUCUCUUAGAAUUCCUAGUAUCCUUCAGUGCUUGGCCCAAAUGCCACCUCCUUUUUCCUGAUCUUGCCAGCUGUGGAGUCACUUCCUCCCAGAAGUUACUUUCUAUGGCUGGGGAUGCUGCUUGCUUUGUGCUCUUGCGUGGGGAUAAGGACGUCGCUCUGCUGAGAUGAUGUGGCAAUGCCUGCUGAUUCUUCACUGGUCACAGGGACUAGGGGUUGUGCCAAUGGGGAACUGUCACUGAGCAUCAUGAAAGGACAGAGUCUUCUGGAGGGACCACCCUCCUCAACCUGCUGGAAGAGCUGCAGAAAGGCUUCCAUCUUCCCUAUUACCAGCCCAUCAUCCUGCAGCCUCUUUGGCAAAGGCUCAAACCCACUCAUCAGACGUCGGGCUUCUCUACCCCACCUUCUGGACUGGAUGGACAGUGUGGUCGGCCGCGGGGCCCUGGCCCUCCAGGACUGGAGCAGAUCAGAACAAGACCUUCGGUCAUCAUUGUUAGAGAGUGUUCAGCAGGGGGCAGAGCUGGUGGGCCGCCUGCCGACAGCCCGUGGGACCCUGAAGAAGCAGGCCCAGGAGAUCCAAAGGAGGGAGAAGGCUGUGGAGCUCAGCCAAAUGAAGUGUGAGCUGCUUGACAUAAGGCAGAAGCAGAUGGAAAGCUCUCUCGUUCGCCUGGAGUGGGAAAGAAGAGAGCUAAAGAGGUCCAGAAGACAGGAGCAGCAGCAGGGCAGAGAGCUCCAGGACAAAAUCCUGCAUCUGCAGGUAGAAGUGAUGAAAGUCAAGUUGUGUUUGGACAGAAUGAGCCAGCAGUCACUGUUUGUGGAGGACCCAGAGAAGGAGCCCAGAGUCAGACCUGAGAGUCAGGGGGCUGACCUCAAUACCAAGCUCCAGAUGUUGGUGACCAACCAGGACUCCAUCUUUCAGGAGAAGCUAGGACAGGAGCUGAGCUUUGAUGCCAAUCAGACUCUAGAGGGCCAGGGGGAAGUAACAGUGGAGGGCCCGAAGGCCUCUACCCCCCAGGAGUCCCAGGACAUGAUCUUUCUUCAAGAAGAGCUGGUGAUCAUUAAAGAGGUGAAUGAGCUGCUCUCCUCAGAGCUGGACCAGAGCCGCCGGAGACUGAGGACCUGUCUAAACCAGCUCUACCAGCUGCAGGCAGAGAAGAAGAUUUCCCACAGCUGGCUCCAGGCCCUGGAGAUGGAGCAAGCCCAGCUGAUGGGAGAGAACUUGGCACUGUUGUCUGUGCUCCAGGGGCAAGGGGGAGGCGCAGAGCUCGGGACAGCUUCGUGGCAGAAUAGUGAGGCCAGUGGAUAUCCUCAGUUCCAGAAGGAGUUGGUCACUCCCCAACAGGAGCCAGAGGAGGAAACAUCAUGCCCCAGGACCCAUAAGGAGGAAGUUCAGUAUUGGAAAGCACGCUGGCAGCAGGUGGCAAAUGAGUUGAAAUCCAAGGAGGAGGAACUGGAGACGGUCCAGAGACAGACAUGCAAGAUCCCCUGGGUCCAAGAGCUUCUCCUAGGGAAAGAGGAGGGUCUGGCUGGGUUGAAAGACCCUGUGGGCAGGGAAAACGAGACCACUGACCUGGAAGGGAGCCGGCUGGCAAAGAAGUAUCAACAUCUUUGUUCUGGAGAAGACUCAAGUUCACUAACAGAGAAGAUGGAAUAUCAGAGAGAUCUCCAAAGCAAGAUGAAAAUACUGGAGCAGGAAAAUGCUCAGAUGGCACUGGUGAUCCAGAGGUGGAAGCUGGACAAGAGCCCAGUGCUUCAGAUCGAGCUAGACACCUGCAAGCAGGAGCUAGAACUAGAACGAAGUUUGUGCCUGGCCCUGCAGCACCAGCUUCGGGGGCUGCAAGGUGGGAGUGCCCCCCAGAGGGCAGAGCCUCCACCAGCAUUGCCAGGUCCGGGACCGUGCCCCCCUGGAACCCUGAAGGGGAUGGAAGCAGAGCCCCGAUGGGACAUGCAGUUCCAAUCCAAAGCAGAGUCUCAUAGACCCCUCCAGGAGCUUCAAGGAUCUUCAUCAGGAAGCCCUCAGGUGCCAGAGCUGCUUCAGCCAUUUCAGAGAGACGCCCGAGGGGGCCAGGAAGCAGGAGCUCCUGGGCUGUUGUCAGAGGCAGAAAUCCUAAGACAGCAGCUGCAGAAGGAGAGAACCUUGGGGCAGGAGCUGGAGCAGCGACUUCAGAGCCUCAUCUCAGACCUGCAGGAGCUGAAACUGAGGAAACCAGAAGAACACAAGGCUUCCCAGGACUCCGGACAGCAGGGAGUAGAGACCGCCGAGAGUCAGCUCAGGGAGAGCAGACAGGAGAACCUAAGGUUGGAGCUCCUGGUGUCAUCUCUACAGCAGAAGCUGGAGGACAAGGAGCAGGCACUGAGGGAGCUCCUGACCCCAAGGACCUCUGAGCAGAGGGAGACAGAGAUGACACCCUCCUCCCUGCUUAAGAAACUACCCCUUAACUCCCAGCCAGGCUUCAGCCAGUUGGUCCCAGAAGAGCUGAAGAGGGGCCCCCGAGCUGGCUGGGAGGGGGUUCCCCAGGGCCACUGCACUCACUGUAACACCUUCCUGGAACAGCUGGACAAAGUGCUUCGAAGUUGGGAAGCAUCUUCAAAGCCAGCAGAGGAGAAGCCACAGGCACUGGGGAAACCCCAGAAAGUCUUGGGGAGUCCCAAUAAGCAUGCCCCAAAGGGGGGCCGAGCUCCCGGGAGUGACCUCAGGGACAUUGAGCGGGUUAAGCAGCAGCAUCGGCUGGUGACUGAGCAGUUGCAGGAUCUGUUUGGGGAGAGACGGGAGAGGACCGGCAAGGCUGGGCAGCCCCCCAGGGAGUGGCCAGAGGGAAGCUCUGGGGAUCAGGGGACCAAGAAGCCCCCAGUGGAGCAGCUAAACUGAGGUUCCAUUGGCAAACCCAGGAGCUCUACAGCCUUCCUCAACUGCAGUGGGCGUUGCAGAAAGGGUUCGGUCUGAUUCAUCCUGGGCCCCAAGACAGACUGGACCUGGAGGGAUCUUACUGGAAUAGUCUGGAGUGGAAUUGGCAGACACAGGCCUCGGACUUGGUCAGGAAUCUGCCAGGGUGUUUCAGACCACUUCAAUUUGCCAGGGCUUCAGAUCUUCCUCAGAAAUGGUCCACGGGCCCUUGGCCUUCAGCCCCAGGACUGUCUCCCUUACUAAUCCCUAUGAAAAUAACAAUAUCAUCUUGUAUAUGGUCUUAAUAUUUACCAAGCACUUUCUUCACUACAACUUGGUGGGGGAGAUGAUAUCUCCAUCUUACAGAUAAGGAAACUGAGGCAGAGGGUAAGUGACUCACCAAGGGUUACACAGCUGUUACACAGCUAUUAAGUGUCUGAGGCAGGAUUGGAACUCAGAUCAUCUGACCCCAAGUCCAGAGCUCUUUUUCAUGAUUCCGUGCUGCCUUCUAAAAUCUUCUCAUCCCUCAUCCCUGGCUCAAGGAUCAUAGAAAUAAAUUAAGAGCUGGAUGGGAAGGGCCUAUCUCCUCGGUUUUACAGCUGAGGAAUCUGAGAUUUCAAAGAGGGUCAGUGACUGGUCCAAGGUCUCAUAGUGGCAAGGCAGGAUUAGAACCCUGGUCCGACUUUCUACUACAAGCAAGUAACCACCGGCUCAACAAGCAGUCGUGUAGGAUGUGCUCGGUGCUAGUGAAAUCCUUCCUGCCCUCGAGAAGCUUCCAUUCCGGAGCGGAAGACAACAGGCACGUGUAUGGGAGCACCCUCUCCAUCCCCUGGGUCCUGACCCACGCGCACUUGGUCUCUUCUGCCGCUGACGCCGUGACCAGCAGGCCCCCCUUCCCUUCGGCCAGUCCGGCCACCCUGGAUUUCACAAAGGAACAUGGUCAGUGCAAGAGAAUGCUUCAGGGCCGGGCGAUGGGGAAGACUCACCUGAGCCGAGCAACGCGAAGGAAAUCUUGUCCUCAGUAGCUACAGUUAGCACCCCCAGAACGAAACAGCAGGAUGCUGGUGAUCACGAGCAAAGCAGUCCUUGGGGAAGAGAGAAGCUGAGAAAAUGCACUUCCCCACGUCCUGUGCAGAGGAGGGGGCUUUGGGUGUGGGGCGCUGCAGGUACUGCUACGCUCAGGUGAGACGGUGCUUAACUUCCUGAAAGGGUUUUAAAAAUGCUAACUUUUGGGGAGAGAUGGGGUUACAAACCGAUCUCUGGAUGGGGGUGGAUAAGGGAUUUAUUUGGAAUGAAGAUGAUGUAAAAACAAAAGGUAUCAAUUAAAAAAUGUUUAAGGUACCAAUGAAUAAGUCUUCAUGGUCUAUCCAGGUGGUUUCCACCUUUUGAGUGUCUCCUAUAUCCCUAAAAUUCCCCCAGGGCUUAUACCGCAGUCAGA